AUGAACAUGUGGCGCUUGAACUGGAUCCACAGUACUGUGCUAUGUCUCGCCAUCCUAGGCAAGAUCCGCGUUGCAAGCACUCAAGACAACGAGAUCGAGGUAACGUUGACCAGGGGAACGACUGGACUCGGCAUUCACCUGGUCAGCGAGUCGAAAACAGGAUCACUGCUGAGGGGUGCCGUGGUUGACAGGGUGGUACCCGAGAGCGCUGCUUCGUUCGUGCUGCUCAAGGGAGACAUUCUCACGACGGUAGCUGGUGUGGAGAUCCGUCAAUGGGCCCUGGACAACAUUAACCGUCUGCUGGAAACUCAGGUCCGGGUCAAGAUCAAGUUAGUGAGGGCACCCCAACUCGGCGAGAUAGGCUUCGGCCCAGAGGAAGGAGAAGGGGGAAGAGCGGAGAGUGCAUCAUGCUACGCGAGCAUCGAGGGAGAUGUCGACGACUUGCACGCCUUUGCAUGUACCCCUGCGGCGUUCGGCAGCGACCUCCCCGCCUUCUCCUUAGAGAGCUCCGCUCUCCCCAUUGUCGUUGCUCAGCCCCUCGAUCACUGCAAGAGAAGCAGCUUCGACGCUAGUGGAUCCGCGCUCUUGGUCUCAAAGGGGGGGUGCCUGCCAGGUGCAAAGGCCGCCAACGCUGCUUGGAAUGGUGCGGAGGUCAUGAUCUUGGUCGACGGUCAAUACCCCCCGCUUCCACCCUUGCCGAGUGUCGCUGGCAAGAGGGUUUUGCCCCAAAGUUCGCGCGACACCUCGAAGCUCCAUGGCAUCCCGGUUGUAAUCGUCAGCAAUGCAACAGGGUAUCGAAUGAUCUCCGAAGUGCGAGAGAGGGGCAGAGAGGUGCUGACUUUUGCUCAUUCAGGUCCGCAUCCGUCCAGGCCGGCUACCAAACCUCGAAAGCAGAUACCGGUGGACGAGGCAGAGAGUCUUCGGGUUCGUGAGCAUCCCUUCAACCUCAGAUCUCUGUUCCGGGACGGUGAGAUCGGGAUCGAGUUUGGGAGCCCGGGGUUGCCCAAGGGUCAGACACCGACAACCCAUCUGGCGGUGUCGUGCGAGCUAUCAACUCUGCUCACAGGCCUUCAGAGAAGGGUACCCUUCGGUAGGACGGUUCCCUGCCCGGUGUGCAACGGAAGGGGAGCUCCCGCAGAGGCAAUGCGCCCGUGUAAAGCAUGCAGCUCUUCGGGCGAGCCGGGCGUGGCGGCCGCAGCCCACGAUCACAGCCACGAGGUGAAGCAAUCUCUGAGGACCACUUGCCCGCGCUGCCAUGGGUUCGGAGAAGUCCCACAGUGGGGGCGUUCGUGCCAGCGGUGCAAAGGCGAACGCGUCAUCCAGGAGUCCGGCUGGCUUGACCUGACAAUCCCCAAAGGAGCACCCGACCAGCACAGGAUUCACUUUCCGGGCGUCGGAUCACACUUUCCCGGAAGGACGGCGGGCGACGUCGAGGUCGCGAUAAACAUUGAGCCUCACGAACGGUUCAUGCGAGACGGUUCCAAUCUACGAAUGGAAUUACCCAUUUCUCUCACGGAAGCUCUCUCCGGCUUUACUCGAGAGAUCCAGCUGUUGAAUGGGAGCACGGUCCUCCUCAACAGGACACGGAUGAUCAGCCACAAUGGUGAGGUAGAAAUCGAAGGAGGAGGGCUCCCGGUGUGGGAUGGCGGCCGUGGGGCGGGCACUGGAUGGAGCACACACUCGUCAACUAAUGCCAGCGCACUCCUGGCCGACAAAACAGUUACUGGUUCGACGAUCGUCACUUGCAGCGUUGAAUUUCCAGAUAUUACAAGCGAACGUCUUCAGGGCCUCGACAGCGCUGGGGCUGCUUCAGACGAGUGA